AUGGCCCAGUUCCCCGUGCCACAGUCAUACAAGUCCAAGACUUCGAAAGGCAAAGCCAUGGACUUCAUCGUGUUCGGGUUUCCUCUUUGCAACAACUACCUGCUGGAUUUUGCCGACGUACACAAUCUCCUCUGCAAUGAGCAAAAUCCUCACCGACGUCGGUUCAACGUCUAUAUGCACCUGGCGUGGACAAUUAAAAAGCGAUUCGACGCCGUCUGCGUUAACCUCUCUGAAACAGACGAUGGCACCGGGGAUAACGCGUCCUUCUGUGUUGCGAUUGCCUCCAACAGAACGAAGAAGCACCUGGGUCGCAUGCAAACCUAUCCGCACUUCGACAAGCUCGCCAACUUCUUGUGUCUAUCUCCUGAAGCGGCGAAGUGGAUGCUUCCAGACCGAGCUGAUGCUUUAGAUCUGAUCAGAAACGGCACCCCGGCCAUUUAA